CAAAAUAGGAAUAAAUUGAUGUCUCCGCUUGGCGCUCUUUUCACGAACACUUUACAAACAUUUCGGCACAAGUCUUUCCAACUUUGUUGUAAACAUAUUACAAAUGAAACUUUAAACGUUUGACUAAUAAUGGCUAAAGUACAUAUAAGUAACGUAACUGUCUUGGACAAUCCAUCAUCUUUCCUGAACCCGUUCCAAUUCGAAAUAACUUUUGAGUGCACAGAAGAUCUAGCGACAGACUUAGAAUGGAAGAUCAUCUACGUGGGAUCUGCUGAAAGUGUGGAACAUGACCAGAUUCUGGAAACUGUCCUCGUUGGACCUGUUCCUGCGGGAUGCCACAAGUUUGUAUUUGAGGCACCUGCACCUGACAUUAAUAAGAUUCCCAUCAACGAUGUAGUCGGAGUAACUGUCGUCCUCCUCACAUGCUCUUACAGGAGUAAAGAGUUCAUUCGAGUGGGGUAUUACGUCAACAAUUUCUACCGCUCAGAAGAUGUAGAGUUGAAUGAAAAUCCACCAGCAAUACCUAUUUAUGAACAGCUUCAACGAACAAUUGUAACAAAAGAUGUCAGAGUUACCAAGUUCAAAAUUGACUGGGAUGACGAGGUUCAAGCUGACACUAAUAAUGCAGAGAAUGUGCCACCUGUUGGUAACCCUGAAAAUGCUGCUAACCAAGAACGUGACAGGGAGUCAAUGAAACCUGUCAACUUCUCCAACGAAAGCAACAGUGUUGGUGUUGCCAUGGAUACAAGUUAAUAACAAUGGCCAACAAUGGGAAUAAGACAAACAGUGACAUCUUCUGGAAUAGUGUGAAGAAUGUUUCCACUAACAUUUGGACAAAUGUGUUGGCAGCAGCUUAUGACCUCAAGGAUUUACAUCUUUGUAGAAAUAUUCUUACCAUUGUGAGAGACAUACUCCUUGAUAUCAAACAGACGGUUCUGAACUACAGUGACACCUUGUUUAUCCAGACUCCAGGCUAUCUGGGCAAUACUGGAACUUCUACCAUACAUAUAUGUAAACAAGGGAUCGUGAUAACGAUGAUAAUUUAGUCUGGAAAUUAAAUAAUCCAGAUUCGCUGGAAAAGGUUGUCUGGAUUAGGAAGGUAUCACUGAAACCUACUUCACAGACCCCAGCUGUGGAUGUGCUUGAGGUGCUAAGUGCUACAGUCGAGUAAACAGUGUCCACACCUGACCUCGUAACCAUGACCACAUUGUAAAAUGCUCAAUUGAAUAAAGGAAAACACUGCUGACCUUCAGGUUAAGAAAUUCUAAAUUGUAUCUAUUGCAACUGAAACAUGAUAGAAGUACAUAUUUACAUUCAGUGGAGAAGGGCAUAUCAGUGACUGUUGUGUUCGUUUUCAUACCUGAUUCAUAAUGGGGGCUGUAAUGAUAGAUGAAGUUUAGGUGUGCGACACAGGCCAAAUCAGGAGGUCAGGAAUGAAGAUAAAAUGACAGUAAGGAUGUUGUGUGCAAAUAAAUUAAGAACAAUGGUUUGUUUAACAUGUCUUUGAGAUUUGUCAAGCUCCUUUGAUUUACUAAAGUGUUCUAAUCAUGUUUUGAUGGGCUCACGAAGUCUUGGGUUUGACUCCUCACAUGGGUACGUGUAAGCCCAACUGUCUCCCUUACACUGCUUUUACUUAAAGUUUGCAACAACAGAGAAA